AUGAUAAUCUUCGGUGGAGAGGUUCAUCAAAUACCUAGUAAUAAAAGAAUAUUUAGCGAAAUUACAUGUGAUAUUAAGAUAAUUAAUUUAAUCUCUAAUGAGCUGAAAGUAUUGAAGCAAACAGGUAUUAUUCCCCCUAGAAAGUCUCACAUCGCAGAGGUAAUUGGAAGGAGUAUGAUUGUUCAUGGAGGAAUCGAUCUGAAGGGUUAAUAUCUAAGGGAUGUUAUUGCAUUUGAUUUAAUUACUUAAAGAUGGAGUCAAGUAGUAACUGAGCAGAACAGUUGUUUUCCAGAUGGUGUUGCCUUUCAUAAAUCUGCUGCUGUCUAUUUUAGCAAUCAAAUUGAACUCUACAAAAGUGAUAGUGAUGGUAAAUUAAGCAAUUAAGGAAUCUAUAUAUUUGGUGGCUUCGAUAAAAAUGGACAUUACUUGGAUGGAUUAAUAAGAAUAGAUACAACAACUAAGCCUGUGGGGUUUGAAUAGGUUUAAACGAAGGGGAUGUCACCAAUUGGUCGCUGUCAACAUUCAAUGAGUUAUGUGGAUAAAUAUCAAUUAUUGGCUAUUUAUGGAGGAAAGAAUGACGAUCUAAAUAUAAAUGGAUUCCUCAAUGAUCUUCAUCUUUUGGAUAUCAAAAAUCAAACUUGGAUAAGUGUAGACAUCAGAGGUAAUUAAGUAGCAGGAAGAUGUAAUCAUACUUCUUCUUGUAUUGAUUCGAAACUUUACAUAUUCGGGGGAUGCAAUUAAUCAGGAUUUAUUAAGAGUGAUUUAUUGGUGAUUGAAUUGGAUCCUAUUCUAGUUUAAACGCUAAGUUCUGAGGAUGAUUUUGUUGAGAGACCAGUCAAAUAAUAACUAAAAGUAACAUUCAAACCUGAAAUAAAAAAAGAUCAUCUAUAAGAAAUAAAAGAAUAAAUAAAUUAAAUAUGCGUAUAACCAUAAAACUAAUAAAUUUCUUUAAAAAAAUACAGAAGAAUAAGUGAUGUAUUAGGUUCUUCAAAUUUCAAAGAACUUAAAUUUUAAUCCCAAUAACUUAGAAAUGGAGGUAAACAAUAAGAAGCAGGAGGAAAUCCUUCUGAUAUUCAAAUAAAAAAUUUGAAAAGAACAAUGACUACAAUUGUAAAUUCAUGA